GAAAUAUUUUGUCAUUUUGCGCCAUCGUGUCAAUUAUGAGUACUAAAAAUGUACAAACCAAAACAUCAACAAAUAUGGCUUCGAAAACAACAUCGCAAGACACUCGCAACGAAUUAGGCGACCUAGUAAAGAGAAAAGCCGAAAUAGCGGAAACAUUGGCUAGUUUGGAGAGGCAAAUCUAUGCAUUCGAAGGCAGCUAUCUGGAAGACACUCAGCUGUAUGGAAAUAUUAUUAGAGGCUGGGACCGCUACCUGGCCAGUAAUAAGGCCAGCACCAGCGACAAACGCAACCGAAAGUUCAAAGAGGCCGAAAGACUCUUUUCCAAAUCCUCCAUCACCUCUAUGGCUGCUGUGAGUGGUCUAGCAGACGAGGGAUCUCAAGACAAAGACAACAACAGCGAGUCCGAGGGCAGUAGUGAAAUCGACACAAAGGACCUGAACGGCUCCACCUCCUCAGCACUCAACGGCUCGUCCAUGAUUGCGGACACAAUCACCCCAGCCAAGCAGGAAACCAGCCACUCAAGCAGCAAACACCGCAGCAGUAGUAGCAGCGUGAAGAAAGGAAACAAGAAGGCUCGUCAUCGUUAAGACUUCAAAGUGUGUGACCAUAUUUCAAAAUUGCGGUCAUAGAUAUACAUUCUCAGAACUUUUCGUGCCAGGUGUUUAAGAAUAAUAGUGCAAGAAUUUCAUCAGUUGUACGGAAUCAUUACUACUUAUUUAAAUUAUGCUUCAGGUGUAAAAGUUUUUCAAAUAAAACAUCCUUUUUCUAAAAAAAAAAUCAU